AAAGAUUUAAAAUCCGUUUCAGAAUUUGUUACAACGAUCAUUUUUAUACAGUAGUGUCAGAGUGUGCAACUAACAAACCUUAGAGCAAAAUCUUUGAAAAUCACAGAGAGAAAUCAUGAGCAACCAGCGAUCUUGUAUCCUUAUGUUUGAUGGUGCAUCCAGGGGAAAUCCUGGACCAGCUGGUGCAGGAGCUGCACUGUUUUCUGAAAAUAGGACUCUGCUCUAUCGAUUCCGUCAAGGACUGGGCUAUCAAACAAAUAAUGCUGCUGAGUAUCAUGCACUGAUUUUAGGCUUGAAUCAAGCAUUCUAUAAAGGAUAUAGGAACAUCAAUAUCCAGGGAGACUCUCAGCUUGUUGUCAAGCAGUUUUUGGGUGAAUAUAAUAUCAACAACCCACAAUUAAGGAGCUUAUGUCAAGAGGCUUCGGAGAUAGCGAGGAAGUUUCGCUCGGUCAACGUCCAACACAUUCCUAGGGAAUGGAACUCUGAAGCUGAUGCUCAAGCAAACCGGGCCAUCAAUCUCGGAGAUGGUCAAGUCGAAGAAGAACGCGUGUAUUACUGAUCAUCUGACAGUAUGCCACUGUCAAAAACUAUUGGCAACUCUGUUACAUUUCUGCCUAGCAAACUAUUGGCACUCUGUUACAUUUCUGCCUAGCAAUUUAGCAUAUUAGGGGUUUUACCAUAUGACACUACUGCAUUCUGCAUGUCAAAAGUUCAGUGUUGUUUACAUUUGUGUCAAUUUGAAUAUGUUUGGAGUUUGAACCUUAAUUUUUAUGCGAUGUCAUUAUUAACCGAGUUAAGUU